AUGAAAAACUUGACAGAGCAGGCCAAAAGACGUCUUCAAGCCGUGGCCACGCUCGUACGUCUGGAUGUCGUUGAUGUCCACGGAGUAGACGGUGGCUCCGUCGUUUGCCAGAAGGGCAGCCAGUGGUCUUCCCACAAUCUCAGACCGGUUCACAACAGUAAUUGUCUUUCCGUAGAGUCUAUCACCGUAGUUCAACAAAGGGUUGUACACCCCCAGGUAUUCGAGGAUCUUGACGAUGGCAAGAGGAGUGCACGGGAGAAUCGAUUUCUUCUGGUGCGUGUCAUCCAGGUACCGGAUAUUGUGGUACAUGUUGGAGACGUAGCGGAAAUUAAGACCUUCAACGUCUUUUUCAAGAGCUACGCACUGUUGCAAGUAGCGAUCUUGUCCGUCACCGUAGACGGGAAAAUAAACCAUGAUUCCGUUGAUCGACGAGUCAAUGUUGCACUUGUAGAUCUGGUCCUCGAGUUGUUCUUUUUCGACUUGGAUCAACUGGUAGUCAAAUCCAAGAGAUUCACUGGUUUUCCAUGUCCAAUCGGCAUACUGCUUGGCAGCAGGGUCCGGGUUGGCCAAUAUACCGACCAGCUUGGGACGUCUGGCCAGCAACGCUGCCUUGGCCUGGAUCUCGUCGGCGAACUUUUUAGCGAUCUUGGACGCCAAUAUGGUUUUUCCCGGUGA